CCAGUGCAAGUGUAGCCUUUACAUGCAAUGCCAUCUUACUCGUAGAAACUUCUUGAGAUACAGUAGCAUCAUGGUGGAUGUAGGAAAGUGGCCAAUAUUUACUUUACUGUCACCUCAAGAAAUAUCAUCUAUUCGAAAAGCCUGUGUAUUUGGUACAUCAGCUAAUGAAGCUAUAUAUAUAACACACAAUGAUGAGGUGUUUGUUUUUGGACUGAAUUGCAGUAAUUGUUUGGGAACUGGAGAUAAUCAGAGCACAAUAGUACCAAAGAAAUUAGAAGCCUUGUGUGGAAAGAAGAUUUCCAGUCUCAGUUAUGGAAGUGGGCCACAUGUUGUACUUGCCACUGAAGAUGGUGAAGUUUAUGCUUGGGGACAUAAUGGUUACAGCCAGCUUGGGAAUGGCACAACCAAUCAGGGCAUUACUCCCAUUCAAGUUUGCACAAAUCUGUUAAUAAAGAAAGUAGUGGAAGUAGCUUGUGGCUCUCAUCAUUCCAUGGCAUUAUCAUUUGAUGGAGAUCUAUAUGCUUGGGGCUAUAACAACUGUGGUCAAGUUGGAUCUGGAUCUACAGCAAACCAGCCAACUCCUCGUAGAGUUUCAAAUUGUUUACAGGGUAAAAUGGUAGUUGGCAUCGCUUGUGGUCAGACAUCCUCCAUGGCCGUAGUAAACAACGGUGAAGUUUAUGGCUGGGGCUACAAUGGUAACGGUCAGCUAGGUCUUGGGAACAAUGGCAAUCAGCUCACACCAUGCAGAGUGGCAGCAUUACAUGGGGUGUGCGUGCUCCAGAUUGCCUGUGGCUAUGCGCACACGCUAGCACUAACAGAUGAGGGUUUGCUGUAUGCCUGGGGAGCUAACACUUAUGGGCAGCUGGGAACUGGCAAUAAAAGUAACCAGCUAAGCCCUGUGCAGAUCAUGAUGGAAAAAGAAAGGUAAUCUUUCUGAAGCUUGUUCCUGAGACUGUUGUGUGUGAGUUUACAUUACGUAGUCUUUAGCAUUAGAAGCGGUUUAAUUCCGUUUGCAGGGUGGUGGAGAUCGCCGCGUGCCACCCACCUCACGCACUUCGCCUGCACCGACGACGUGUUCGCCUGCUUCGCCACCCCGGCCGUCAUGUGGCGCCUGCUCUCAGUAGAGCAUGAAGACUUUCUAACAGUAGCCGAGUCUCUGAAGAAAGAGUUUGACAGCCCAGAAACCGCAGACUUAAAGUUCCGUGUGGAUGGAAAGUACAUCCAUGUUCACAAAGCUGUCCUGAAGAUCAGGUGUGAGCAUUUCAGAACCAUGUUCCAGUCAUACUGGAAUGAGGACAUGAAGGAGGUGAUAGAAAUAGACCAGUUCUCUUACCCUGUGUAUCGGGCCUUUCUGGAGUACUUGUACACAGACAGCGUGGACCUCCCACCCGAGGACGCUAUAGGGCUUCUGGAUUUGGCUACUUCUUAUUGUGAAAAUAGACUGAAAAGGCUAUGUCAACACAUUAUCAAGAGAGGAAUUACUGUGGAAAACGCAUUUUCAUUGCUCUCUGCUGCUGUCAGAUAUGAUGCAGAGGAUUUAGAAGAAUUCUGCUUUAAGUUUUGUGUCAAUCACUUGACAGAAGUGACACAAACUGCAGCAUUUUGGCAAAUGGAUGGUCCUCUGCUAAAGGAAUUCAUUGCUAAAGCCAGUAAAUGUGGAGCUUUUAAGAACUGAAGCAAGAGGCUGUAAGUUGGGGUGAUUGCAGGGAUUUUUUUUGCAGUUGGCAUGGUGUAACAGGCUG